CGAAGUCAGUCGGGAUGGAAUUGGAGCAUGAACACCUCACGAUGCUGACCUUUUACCACGAUCUGGGUAAUGUAGUCUACUACGGAGGUAUCGAGGACCAGCAGUCUCUCCUACGAGACAUGGUGAUCCUGAAUCCCCAAUGGCUAAUUGAUGUCUUCAAGCAGGUCAUAACCAUCCUGGAUCCCGCAAAGAGGGAUGGGAUCGUGAGUGCUGCUUGGAACACUCUUGAGAAGGAUGGUAUCUUAGAGGAUAGGUUGAUUCAGCAUAUGUGGCAAGGCUUUUCGGAGAAGAAGGAGGCCUUAGUCGAGCUCAUGGCCAAGUUUGAUCUCAUCUGUGAGGCUCCUGUAGAACAACUCCAGCAAGAGCAACAGGAUGGUGUACACACUGAGGUAUCAAAUGAAACAGAGAAGGUGCUACAGAAGCGCUACUAUGUUCCUUCCAGACUGACGUCCCCUUGCCCCCCAGAAGAGAUUGCACAGAUCAAAUCUAUGACAGACUUUUAUGUGGACUUCAGAGGCUUCUUACCAGAUGGGCUGUUUCAUCGGUUGAUGGCGAGAGCAGUCAGAUGGAUGGGUGAAAGAGAUGGAGAACCAGUCAAUCUUUUUCAUCGUCACAUCAGUCUAAUGGUGGAUGGAGUGCACCAUGCCUUAAUAGAGAUGUUACCUCCUUGCGAAGCAAAUAUCAAGGUCAUUGUAUAUCAAGGAGCGGUUGCUGGUUCUGAUCAUGAUGGGGAUAAUCACAAACCCCCUGCCCCAAGUGCUGUCAAAGAGCAAACCGAUGGUGCCAUUAAUAAAUACGCCCCUAGUCUCUUGGAGAGUCUUUGA